GAAAACUACCGCGCCGAAAGUUGGCAAAGUUUAGAAAAUGUAAAAUAUUUAGUUGAAAUUAGUAAAGUAGUGUAGAAUACUUAUUAGAAUAAAAUGUACAUAUAUUUUCUACUACCGCAGUAAUUUUUAAGUCACAAAAUGGUUCUGUCGCUGUUUUAUAGCAGGCCUUUCCUGUUAAUUGUUUCGUUUGCAUUUACAUCGCAUUAUCUUUACAAGUUCUACCAAAAGAAGGAGAAGAAGACCCGUAAAGAGAUACACGAUGUCAUUAUGUUUGAAUACAUGGAAGGAAAGUUCAGACAAAGCAAGCACUCAAGAUGCAAGAUUACCCACAGUAUGGACAAGUUGCUGGGAUACCUGGAUGGCGCUAAAAAGACCUUGGAUAUUUGCAUGUAUGUGUUGACCAAUAUGGAUGUAGCAAAUGCGGUGAUGAAGCUUCACUUCAGAGGUGUUAAAGUGAGGGUCUUAAUUGAUGCAGAUAUGGCUUACACUCAAGGCUCUAUGGUUAGAAGGUUGGAAAAACAAGGUAUUCAAGUCCGUUGGAUGAAAUCCACUAGACUGAUGCAUCAUAAGUUCUACUUGAUAGAUGCGUCGACAGAUGAUGAGCAAGUGACACCGGUGGUGAUGACGGGUUCUCUGAAUUGGACGAACCAAGCUCUUUAUGGGAAUUGGGAAGAUGUAAUCGUCACUUCACAAGAAGUUAUUGUGGAUCAGUACAAGGCCCGAUUUGAAAAGCUCUGGAAAGAGUUCAAGCCUGUGGUCGCUCCUGACUUAAAAUUUUAUUAAUUCAUAUUGUUUUGAUUUUUCUUGUUAACUAAAACAUGCCUGAUAUGAUUGGGUAUUUGUAAUUUGUUAAGUGAAAUACAAGGGUUAUCUUUAAAAGUGACAAGAUCUUUUCAGAAAAUGAUUGUGUUAAAUAAAUAAGUUAAACAAAUUAUAUCUUUAAAAAUAUAGCAAUAAACUAAUAUUAUUAA